AUGGAUGGACCAGCUAAGGGUCCAGAUGCCAUCAACGCGCUUCCUCAGCUCCCUCUGGCCAAGGAGGUUCGCAUUCCCUCCUGUAUUGAGAGUGGCAUUUCUGGCAUUAUGACCAUGGGAGUAACUCACAUGUGGUUCGGCACGACUUUCACCAUUCCUCCUCAUUGGAAAGAUGGUCGCCGAGUCUUGCUAAACUUCGAGGCCGUCGACUAUGAAGCUACUGUAUACGUCAACGGGGCCAACGUUGGCUUCAAUCGUGGAGGUUUUUCUCAUUUUACUUUGGACAUCACGAAGCAUGUUGUUCCAAACAAGAUCAACCAGCUACAUGUAUUCGUCUUUGAUCCAACAGAUGAUCAAAGCAUCCCCCAGGGGAAACAAACGAAACGAUUGUCGCAUAUCUUCUACACCCCUUGCACUGGCAUUUGGCAGACAGUAUGGCUUGAGACCGUGCCAAAGAACUACGUCACCGGUCUUGACCUCAGUGCUGAUAUGAAUGGGAUUGUGACUGGCAUCGUUUACUCUCACAACAACUCCUCUACUCCCAUUGAGAUCUCGGUCACGAACUCAAAGGGAGAUAUUGUAGCCAUCCACAGGCAUGUCUCGGACCAGCUUUUCAAGUUCACCGUUGCGUCGCCCCAGCUGUGGUCUCCCGAGUCACCGACCUUGUACAAUAUUGCUGUGACCAUGGGUUCGGACAGGGUUGAGAGUUACACGGGCUUCCGUACCAUCUCGACCGGCGUGGUGAAUGGAGUCAAGAGACCGUUGCUCAACGGCAAAUUUGUUUUUUUGUUCGGCCCGCUCGACCAGGGCUACUGGCCCGAUGGCAUCUACACGCCGCCGACCUACGAAGCAAUGAUCUAUGACCUCCAGGUCAUCAAGCGACUGGGCAUGAACCUGGUCCGGAAGCAUAUCAAAGUUGAGCCUGCUCUCUUCUACCAUGCUUGCGAUGUCCUCGGGCUUCUUGUUAUGCAGGAUAUGCCCUCUAUGAGGGUGUACACGAAUGCCCGUCCCACGAAUUCUGAGCAAGCCGAGUUCGAACGUCAGCUAGAAGUUAUGGUUAAUCAGCAUAAGAACUACCCCAGCAUCUUCACUUGGGUUAUCUACAACGAGGGCUGGGGUCAGAUUACGGACUAUCAUCCAGAGUUUCACCUCACAGACCGUAUCCGCCAACUUGAUCCGACGCGUCUGAUCAACAGCGUAACCGGCUGGCAUGAUCAUGGGGCUGGUGACUACCAUGACAACCACCACUACGCCGAGCCUCAAUGCGGCACACCAUUCCACUCCCUUCCCUCAACGCCAUACGACCCUAAGCGAAUAGGCUUUCAGGGAGAAUUCGGCGGUAUCGGCCAUCGCCCAGCCGAUGCUAACCUGUGGCCCAUCCCGGACGCGGUCAACACCAUCAACCAAACAUAUGAGCUGCAUGGAACGAUCGAGUCCUAUCACUACCGCGCACACGUGCUUCUGGAGCUACUGCGGCAACAAGUCGAACAGUAUGCGUGCAGUGGGGCCGUCUAUACACAAACGACCGACGUCGAGGGUGAGGUCAACGGGCUGCUGACGUAUGACCGGCGUGUGCUGCGCAUCAAUGAGACGCAGUGGAAGGAAGACAUCAAGGCGUUGUAUGCUGCUGCUAAGAAGAGGGCGUCGUGA